AUGGAUGUUUCAAAGACACAAUUGGAUGAUUCUUUGAGCAUUCAAGAUUUUGAUAACCUUGAAUCAAACAUCCAUCAGAUAAUUGACAAGAAAGAAGCAAUUGUUCAGGAUUUUACCCCAAUAUUUCAAUUUCUUCGAAAAUUAUACAAACAAACACCAGAAAUAAUCAACUUAUUACCACAUAGUGUGUACACAAAGUUCAUUUUGACUACUAUUCAUGAUAUGAACAGAUUAUUUUAUGUAUGGAAAGAUUUAUCAUUUGAAAACAAGUAUAUUUAUGUUUCAUUGCCAUCGUAUACCAUAAAUUUUCUCUUAAAACUUAAGCCAAAUAGAUUAGAUGUUAAUUUAAUGCAAUCUUUCUACAAAUUAUUAAAAAGUUUUAAAGUUAAUAACGAAGAAGAUUAUGUCCUUAAUUUCGACAUGUUUUACACAAUGGAUUACGAUGAACAAAAGUCAACAAACAUUUUUAUUCAAAAAGAUAAUAAUUUUCAUACUUUGACUUACGACAUGAUUCAACUGUUUUCAAUGACAGGAUUCUUUACUAAGCUAAUUAUUGAUAGUUUUUCCAUUGAAAAUUCAUUUGUUCUUCGAAAAAUUCUUCGAUUUACACUUCGCUAUUUAGAACCAAGCUAUCAGACAUGGCUGUUCCAUAAGAUAUUACGAAAAUAUGAUUAUUUACCUCCUAAAAGUCUCGAAAAUAUCCAUAUGUUAGGAAUAUUAUUAUUUUUCGAAUUUGAUACAGACAGAUACCACAGGAUAGAAGAUCUUUACAUAAGAACAUGUUUCAUCCUUCUUGACAGAUAUACAGCUGAAGUUGAGAAAGAAUUUCUUUUUUUAUUAGAUCGAAAGAACAAUGACAUACAUAUGGCGUUUUACAUCUCAAGUUUAUACGACGAACUAUGUAAAUUCAUAAAAACAGAGGAAGAAUAUAACUUAAUUAACAGAAUUUACGAUAUUUGUCAAAUUCACAUUAAUUUUCACAAACAGAAGUUCCAUUAUGACAUACAUCCACUAUGUGUUGAUAGCACCAUUGGUUUUUAUAACAUUAAUCCUGAAACUUUAACAGAUAAUAGAUUUUUCAACAAAAAUUUCGCUUCUCACAUACUUGCAGCCAUGAGUAACUUCCCAGAUAAGAAGUUCUCAACAGAUAUACUUAUACAAAUCAUCAAAGACGUCGAUUUCAUUAAUUUAGAAACAUUAUUUUCUUAUUUUUCAAAAAACAAAGAUCAGGCCAAAGAAGUACUCAAAUGGCUGUUCGAUUCUGACGACCACUUCACUUAUAUUCAACAUAUUUUCGCAAUUUUGGAUUUAUUUCAGGAUAAAUCUUCUUAUGAGACACAGGUUUUACUCCAUUCAUUGGUAUUCAAUCCAAACCAUGCUCUGACAUUAAACAUCCUUCAGAAAUAUUUGUGGCUCCCUUUGAAAGAUGUUUUGGAAUAUUAUCUCAAAAUUCCUUUGAAAAAUGCCAUAUUUUACCACAAUUUACGCAUGAGAAAGAUCUGGGUGGACGUAAAUGAUAAUUCUAAUGACUGUAUACGCUAUAUCCAGCAAUGUUACUAUACUGCUCCGACUCCUCAAAUUAUUAAAAGAUGCGCUAUACUGGGAUUGGAUGAAUGCAUACAGGAUGCGAUCCAGAAAUCACAAAGUAUCAAAUUCUUGUUCGAAAUUGCUCAAACUAACUACAAAAAUUUGAUUUCUUUCAUAUCUUUUCUAAAUUUCGCAGCUGUUCCAAGCGAAAACUACUUAGAAGAUAUCACAAAGUAUCCUUAUGCGUUAAUAGUAACUCAUUAUGCUCCUAAAUUCCAGUUUGAGUUCAAAAUUGAAAUUUUAGAAACAAUGUCGCUGCCAGAAGUCCUUUAUUACAUAGAUUGUGCAUGCGAAUUAGCUCCUUCGUUUGUUAAGACUAUAGAUUUCCCAGAUUGUCAAGAUUUUCCCGAACAAAUUUGGUAUCCAAUUCUUUUUAACUACAGAAUCGUUCGAGGAGAACCAUUUGAUGAUAUAAUCCAAAGACAGAUCCAGUUGGAACCUCUUUCACCAGUACAAGACCUUAAAAAAGUCAAAAAUCAAAUUCCUCAUAAAAUAAUCUUGAAAGCGAUGCAAAGCCAGAGCGAAAUCAUAAGAGAAAAUGUCAUAGACAUAGCAAAGGAGAUAUUAACAGAUGCAGAAAAGGUUUCUUUGAUAGAAUACGCCACAUUUGAAAAUAUUGUUGAUAUUACAGAUAUUUCUAAGUCAUGUGAAAGCUUUGAUGAAGCAGCAACUAAGAAAAUCAAGGAAAUUAUUAAUGAUAAAAAUAAUAUAAUCAAAAUAAGGUUAUUUGCUUCACUUUCUAAAGAAGCCAAGGUCAAUGUUGCCUUGGAUGUUAUCAAUUCCCAUUCCAUGUCAUUUGAUAUCAUCCAAAACUGCAUAAUCGCGUUAAAUGGAGAUCUUCAAAAAUUAAGACAGACUCCACAGCCGUUAAACUACGAUCCAAGGUCUAAAAGAAUUGUUUCGGACCUCAGGAUAUACGCGGAAGAUCCAAAUGCCGGAAAAACUGCUUUCUUCGAGAUAGAUUCCUGCGAAAAAAUUUCCACGUGGCUCAGCGAGAAACUUAACACCGAUAAUUCAUUGAGAGUAUUGUUUAGAGAACGACCAUCCCGCAUUGAAAUUUCUUUAGGGAAAAUUAAAAAACUGGAACCGACAAUUCCUUUCAAUUCCAUAUACAAAUACGAUAAGAUCUCCAUAGAAAAGUAUUUUCUUAUGUAUUUCGUAGGAAUUGAAAACGGAAUUUACGUAUUAAACUCAGGAAAGCCUGUUUACGCAUAUUACGGACUUACUUGUGAGUUUGUUGUGGCCACUGGAUCUCCUCCUCCAUGUUGGUCGUUCAUUAACAACGAGUGUUUCUUUGAAAUUUCACUUUUGUUGUUAAAUCAUGGUUACUCUGAGCCAUUACUCACAUUGUACCAUAAUCCUGACUUUGCAAAAUACGCCUUUGAUAACCAUAUUGAUAUUAUCCUUGGCCAUGACGUUUUGAGUUUAUAUACUUUGGCAAUUAUCACAAUGGCGUCAUUAUAUAAGCCUUACAAAGAGCUUCCACCAAGGAUCAUCUCAUAUAUCAUUGAUUCGAACAAUUUUUACCUUCCUGCCCAAUUAUUUUUAGUUUUGCAUCCAAAUGUGGCCGAAAUCACUUCAUUUUGGCUUUCUUUCUCAGAGACAAAUAUAUCUAAGCACAUACAGUUCUUGGAUUCCUUAAUUUGGGCAAUUUGCGAUCAAGAAAUUUUACCUUUAAUUGCUUAUCAAAUUAAGAGGGAAAGAACAUUCAGAAUUGUCCUUUUGGCCGUUAACAAUUGUUUGCAGAACAUUUAUCCUGUUACAGAAGAAGAUUUACCUUAUUUUGACAAGAUUCCACGAGAUCUUGCGAUAAUUCACAUGCAACAUACGGAAGAUCCAGAAAUAAUCAAGAAAGUUGCACAAAUGUAUGAUGAUCCAGAUGAUUUCUUGCUGAAAGUCAGUCAAAAUAUGGAUAAUUUGUUCAAAUUACUCAUAUCUGAGAAAGAAGAAGAUCAUUUAGAAGCGAAAAGGUUGGGAUCAUUAUGUUAUCAAGACACAUUGACACAAACAUUGAUAAAUGCUGCAAAUCUUUCAACAAAAACAAAUAAAAUUUUAAUAAGAUGCGCGGAAAUCGUAAUGAUGCAUCCAAACAAGAUCCAAAGCGAAGAAUUGUCAUCAAUAUUCUAUUUGGAAGCAUCGAAACAGGCAACUUUCACUGAAGAUUUUAUUUUAUUAAAUGAAGCGAGCCAAGCAUGCGGAGAACCAGCUUUAAAUGCUGUUUUAGAUGUUACAGCAGCUGUUAUUGAUAAAACUAUAUGGAUUCCUGCACACGAAGUCGCAUUUUCUUCUUUGAUUUUAAAUCCGAAGAUAAGAAAGACAAUGAAUCCACAACAAUUCAUAAAAUAUUGUACGUCGAUGAAUACCUUCGCCCCAGAACAUUCUAUCGAGAGAUGCGCUGAAAUUUUGUUGAAAUCGAACUCCCCGGUCAAUCCGAUCAAACCGACCUCCAUGGCCCAAUGGACUGAUUUUAUUACGUUCACUCCAAGAAUUCUGCCUUAUAUUAUCCACCAAACAAAUUCUUAUUAUCAGCACUUGGUCAAAACGAGCCAAUGGCCACUAUUAUUAUGGCUACCAUUAUCAGGAUUGAAUCUAUACCUUACGAGAAUGAAAAAACCAUUAACUUUGGAGUAUUACGCAGAAUUUAUUGAUAGUAUGAUUAAACGCGUUGGCUCUGACAUGGACCAUUACACAGUAACCGGGAAACAAGCAUUCGAAGAGUUUGUGAUCGAUCCUUGUAAGAAAUCCGGAUUAGAAUUGUCGAAAUACGCCAUUAGAGAGAAUAACGACAAUUGUUGUUACGAACUUAUUUAUUAUUCCCACUUGGCUCGUUUCAUUCCCGAACUUUUGCAGAUUUUGUUCAAUGAAUUGUCAGAAAAUCGAUAUCAUUCAUUAUUACAACGCGGAAACCUUGUUUUGAAGUACUACACGCAAUUAGUAAUCACAGUCACUGAAGAAAUGAUCAUGCAAAUGGAGCAAAUGGACAAAAAACGACUUUUAUUAAUUUUCAAAAUGUUUGGAGACAGAUUCAACGAUAUUACAUUGCACAGAGAGUUCAACAUGGAAGUAUGUGACAUAUUAUCACCAUUUAUUUUCAAAUUGCUCAAUAAUGAAGUGUCAUAUUCAGCAUUAGUCGAAUCUUCCAUAAAUUUCAUCGCUUACACUGACUUUUUACUUCAGUUCAAGGCUGAUCAGAUCAACCAGAUACAUUUCGACGUGUUAAAACGUAUAAUUGGACCUGAUUUCAAGAGUUAUUCACAAAUUUCGAUAAGAAGACUUGUUCCAUUGAUUGUUCCAGGCAGACACAUAUAUAAACAGAUAGAACUACUUCAGAAAUUUGUGGAUUGUGUUCCACAAAUUUUAAUUAAAGAUACUUUGAUUGAUAUUUCAAAUUCUAAGCUAAUGACUGACAGAGAAACCAUUGAAAAGUAUCCUAGAAUGCAUGACGAAUUGGAAACAUUCAUGAGCCAGCAAUCAGUUAUUGAUUUAUUGAUAUAA